AUGGGCAAGGGACGCGCGCGUCGCGAUCGCGCGCGUCGCGACGGCGCGAUAACGCGCGACGCUCGCGACGCGGCGUCGCGGGACGAGAUCGCGACGCUCGAGCGGCAGCUUCGCGCGCUGAACCUCGAGCGACGCGCGGUGGAGGCGGACGGGAACUGCUUCUUUCGCGCGCUCGCGGAUCAGAGGUACGGCGACGAGUCGAGACACGCGGAGGUGCGAAGACGCGUGGUGGCGCGCGUGGAGGCGAGACGAGAGGCGUUCGCGCCGUUCGUGGAGGACGACGAGACGUUCGACGAGUACGUCGAACGAAUGGCGAGGGACGGGGAGUGGGCGGGACAUCUGGAGGUGAACGCGGCGACGGCGGCGCUGAGAGUGGGGAUAUGCAUCCAUCAAGCGGGGUCGCCGCGAUGGGUGGCGGGCGCGGACGCGAGGGACGAUGGAGCGAAGACGUAUCACGUGACGUACGAGGGGCGCGAUCAUUAUAAUAGCGUGCGGUUGAGGAAUUCGAGGCGAUUCGACGAGCCGGGGGGACCGCUGAGCGUGGCGAUGUUGAGGGAUGAUGAGUUGUGUGCGUUGGCGCGCAGGACGGGGUGCGUGGACGCGGAAAGAUUGCGGAGGACGCUGCGAGCGUGUCGCGGCGACGCGGACGCGUGCGCGGACGUCUUGGAGGAAGAGAUGGAGGAAGAACGACGGUCGAGGGAGAAGGCGGUGGAGGAUGGGAUCGAUGUCGAGGAAUUUGACACCGGAGAUUGGGCCGAGGUGAAGACGAAGAAGAAAUCAAAAGGAAAAGGUGGUGCCAAGCAUAGUCGCGGCGGCGCGCGAGACGAGGAUUUCGGCGUGGAGAGCUUGCGAAUUUGA